AAAAGUUUGUAGGAGAGGAAGAGGAACACUCACCACUGGAACCGUCUUGUACAUACGCUCAAGAAAUAAAGUCUCUGUUGAAACUAUUUUAGUCCUCAGAAGCAGCUAAACUGAAUGGCUGUGUCACUGCCUGCUGCCUUCCUGUCUGAAGACCAGUUCAGUUGCUCAAUCUGUCUGGAAGUAUUUACCAAACCAGUCACAACACCAUGUGGACACAGUUUCUGCCAAUCCUGCAUUUCCUCAUAUUGGGAUGGAGGCAGACAUACUUACCAGUGUCCUCUCUGCAAAGAGUCCUUCCACAAGCGUCCAGAGCUCCAUGUCAACCUAACCCUGAAGGAAAUAACUGAACAAUUCAAGCAGAUGGCCAGCUCGCCGAUCGCUGGAAGAGUUGGAGGAAUAGAACAUCCCAACUCACAUCCCCAUCAUAAUCAACCACUAUCACCUACAUUACCAAGACAAGGGGAGAUGCCUGAGAACAUCUUUGCUGAGAUGAUGACACGUUUUCAGCAGUUGGCAGACCCUGGGUCGAAUCAUCAAAGCCGCGGUCGAGAUGAUACUCACUUUGCCAAGAUGGAGCAUCAUGGCCCCCCACCACCCUACUCUCCUCCCUGCAGUGUGAGGAGCUCCAGUGACUCCUCCUCUGAUCUGCCGAAAUGUCCCAUCCACCUGAGAGGUCUGGAAUUCUUCUGUCGUACUGAUAACAUCUGCGUGUGCAGCACUUGUGUGGAAACAACAGAUCAUCUAGGACACAACGUCACCCCUGCCAAGAGAGAGUGGCACAUCAAGAAGGCUCAGUUAGGUAUUGCAGAGGUGGAGCUAAAGGAUCUCAUCCAUGAAAGAGAGAGAAAAGUGAAGGAGAUACACAACUCCUUGCAAGAGAUACAGGCUGCUGCUGAGAGAGAGACAAAUGGAGUUGUUUGUGCUUUUUCCAAGCUGAUCUCCAGCGUGGAGCGCUGCCAAUCUGAAGUCGUGGAGGUGAUAGAGGUGUCUCUUCAAGCAGUGGAGCUCAGAGCUUAUAGUAUGCUAAGAGAGCUGGAAGAAGAAAUAGAUGAGCUUAAAAAAAGGAGUACAACACUGAGCCAGAUGGCCCUGUCUGAGGACUACAUAUUCUUUCUCAAGACAUUCCCUGCCCUGUCUGCACCCCCACAAGCUAAGAACAGGUCCAGAGUCUCUGUGUCAUCUCAGCUGACAUCAGGUGUGAUUCUCAGGUCUGUCAAUCAGAUGAUCGAGCACUUUCACAAAGAGCUGAGGAAACUGCCAGAAGUCUGCCAGCAGUCCUCAUCAAACCCGUCUUUAUCCAGACCCAACCCAAAGGUUAGGAGGGUUCAAGAAUAUGCAGCUGACAUCACUUUGGACCCCAACACAGCCCACCCACGUCUCACCAUCUCAGCGGAUGGGAAACAGGUCCACUGUGGAGAUCACCAUCAGCUGGUACCUGACAACCCUGAACGCUUUGACCGGGUGGUGUGUGUACUGGCCCACCAGGGCUUCAGCUUAGGGCGCCAUUACUGGGAGGUGGAGGUAGGGGGAAAGACUGAUUGGGACCUGGGAGUGGCAAGUCGGUCUAUCAGUCGUAAGGGCAAAAUCACUGUAAGCCCCGCCCAUGGAUACUGGUUUCUCAGUCUCCGGGAUCGGACUGAGUAUGCCUUCAGAACAGAACCCUCAACCAACCUGACACUUAACAUCAGACCCUCCCGGAUUGGAAUCUAUGUUGACUAUGAUAAGGGGCUGGUGUCCUUCUACAAUGUGGAUGCCAAGGUGCUCAUCUUUACAUUCACAGAUAGCUUUUCUGGCACCAUCCAUCCAUUCUUCAGCCCCUGUACUAAUAAAUCAGGUCAAAAUGAGGCUCCACUAAUAAUCUGUCCUGUUGCAAUGGCAGAAUGAUAUAAGCUUACAUUUAAAGAAAUAGUCCAAAUUCUUCCACACAUGUAGGAAGAUUUACAUACAGAAACAUGCCUCAGAUCACAGCUGCAAUUGAUAGUUAUAGUUUUAGUUGCAGCACAAUAAAUAACCAGGCCUAUGGUUAACUUAAGCAGAGCUGCCACUGUGACUACUAAUCAUGGGGCAAAGUGAAACUGUUUUAGGAAAAUACGAACACCACAUCUUUGACACUAAAGCAUCAUCUUGUUAUCAGCACUCAGUUCAAAGCCUGCAUCUUUGGGGCGGAUUAAUGCUUGUGGAAUUGGUAGCUUACCCAUCUGG